AGCAAAAACAGAAAUAGAAAGUAAGAGAGGGGUGUUCAGAAAAUGGAAAUUCGUGUGUUCCCUAUUUAAGGCUAUACACAGAGUAAGGUCUUCAGAGACUCUAAAGUCCAAGGUUCAGAGUCGUUCAUCUCAACCAGCCCAGUAGCCUCUGAAACAACCUCAAUGGCCUUGCCCUUUACUUUAUUGAUGGCCCUAGUCAUGCUCUGCUGCAAGGCCAUCUGCUCUCUGGGCUGUGAUUUGCCUCAGGCCCACAGCCUGAGUAACAGGAGGGCCUCCAUACUCCUGGCACAAAUGAGGAGAAUCUCUCCUUUCUCUUGCCUGAAGGACAGACAGGACUUUGUUUUCCCUCAAGAGGUGUUUGUUGGUGACCACUUCCAGAAGGCUCAAGCUAUCUUCGUCCUCCAUGAGAUGAUCCAGCAGACCUUCAACCUCUUUAGCACAAAGGACUUGUCCGUUACUUGGGAUGCAACCCUUUUAGACACAUUUUACACUGAACUUUACAAGCAGCUGAAUGACUUGGAAGCCUGUGUGAUGGAGAGGAUUGGAGUGGAAGGGACUCCCCUGAUGAAUGCGGACUCCAUCCUGGCUGUGAGGAAAUACUUCGAAAGAAUCACUCUCUAUCUGACAGAAAAGAAACACAGCCCUUGUGCCUGGGAGGUUGUCAGAGCAGAAAUCAUGAGAUCCUUCUCUUUAUUGACCAGCCUGCAAGAAAGAUUAAGAAGGAAGGAAUGAAAACUGGUUCAACAUGGAAAUGACUGUCAUUUCCAUGACUAAUACAUCAACUCACACGUACAUGAAU